UUUAUUACAGAGACUAGGCUGCCUCACAAACACAAAAAAACACGAAAAAACAGCUAACGAUGGCAGACAUUCCGGAAAAAAGUGUAUACUACAAAAGGGAAAGACGAAAAUUCGCGCUGAUCACAUAUCUUCUGACCGCGAUAUUUUUGAUCGUUGCGCUGUUACAAUGGGUUCUUUUUUCCUUUGUAGGCAUAUUAAGAUUAUUUUUUACUUUACAUUAUUGGGUGAGCUGCAUUUUCUUUGGAUUGGGCCUUGUACUCCUAGUAUUUUUCAUAUUCUUCGAGGCAUUGCGUUUCAAUAAAACGGUAAAUUGGUUGUUUGCUGUGCUAAUAUUCGAAUGCAUCGUUUUGGGAAUCGCACCGUUGGUUGCUCGCCACUACAGGUAUCAAUUCCUAUUUAGCUUUCUCAUAUGGACCCUGGCUUUGGCCAUCUUUAUUCUGUGCGGUUCCUUCCUACCGCUUGAUCUGACUUUGGAUGUCGUGGUCUUAUUUGUCCUCGCUGUGGUGUCUAUUAUUGGAGCCAUAUACUUUGUGAUGCUUUACAUCGUCGCUAACGUCCCCUAUUCAUUUAUCAUUGCUCGUGCCUUCAUCGUCAUCAGCAUACUAAUGUUCGUGAUGUAUCACGCGCAGAUAAUUAACGGUGGAAGGUUUGCCGAAAUGCGCACCAAGGACUAUUUCCUGGCAGCAAUUAUAUUGUUUCUCGAUUUCCUGCUCCUCUUCCUUUUCUCGUUCCAAAUGGCGCCAAAAUGGUCUGAUUUGUGUGACAGCGAAUGGAAAAACAAUUUGGUGCUGUUCAAAGAAACAACUACGUCCCGUCCCAUUCUUUGGUGGCAUACGUGGACGUGGUCAACGGAGGAUUCCGCCUUGAAACACAGCACUGAAGAAUAUGCCCCCUAACGCCGUUAUCCAACACUACCGCCAGUUGGCGCCAAACACACAGCUGCC